AUGAAGACCUGCAUCUUUCUUGCUUUGCUGGGAGUUGCCGUCACUUUCCCCAUUAAUGAUGACAAGAUCGUCAGGGGCUACACCUGUGAGGAGAAUUCUGUCCCCUAUCAGGUGUCCCUGAACUCUGGCUACCACUUCUGCUGCGGCUCCCUCAUCAACGACGAGUGGGUGGUAUCCGCGGCUCAUUGCUACGAACUCCGAAUCCAGGUGCGUCUGGGAGAACACAAUAUUGAUGUCACUGAGGGCAAUGAGCAAUUCAUUAAUGCAGCCAAGAUCAUCGUCCACCCUGAAUACAAUGAAGGGACCAUUGAUAAUGACAUUAUGCUAAUUAAGCUGAGCUCACCCGCCAAGAUCAACUCUCAAGUGUCCACGAUUUCUCUGCCAAGAUCCUGUGCAGCUGUUGGUACUGAGUGCCUUAUCUCUGGCUGGGGCAACACCCUGAGCUUUGGCGUCAGCUACCCUGAUGUACUGCAGUGUCUGGAGGCUCCCAUCCUCUCUGACACCACCUGCCACAACGCCUACCCAGGCCAGAUUACUAGCAAUAUGUUCUGCCUGGGCUUCCUGGAGGGUGGAAAGGACUCUUGCCAGAUUAUGAACCAGUGA